CGGAGCGGAGGUGCCGCUGCUACUGUUGUUGUUACCGGCGUGUGUGUUGUGUGUGUGAGUGUGUGAGCCACUCCGGCCAAGGUUACUGCGGAUUUACCUUCUUCAAAUUCACCGGAGUGACCGGAAAGAAGCGCGCGCACUGAGAGCAUGGCUCUUCUGCAACAAAGGGAAACUCAGAAGCGGAAAGUUUAAAGGAAUAAGGAGCUGCAGAAUUACGCAUUCGGAGGUCCGAGGGAACACGAACUCAGGAGCGAUGUACUUCUCUAAAUGGGAUUUGUUGUGUUUCUUCUGGUGCUGUAAGCUGGUUUCGCUGGCGCACUGUUACACCGUUCAUAUCAGUGAGGAUGCAGGUACAAGGACAGUGGUGGCCGGCUUGGAGCAGGGCGCAUGGUGUACUUUGGAUCAGGUACUCGCUCCUAAAUUCACUGAGCGGUUCCUGCAGACUGACUCUGUAGCGGGCAUUGUGUUUGUUUCGGACUCUGUAAAGUGCCCCACGCUGCGCUCCAACCCCUUCACUGUGUUCACUGUGGCUGACUGCACAGACUCCGGCUACAGGCACCUCCUCACCAGCCAGCACGAAGUACAUGUGCACGGUAGGAACUGUUCAAACAAACGAAGAAAACCUCAGUGGGACAUGGAGGUACUUAGUUUGUUAUACACUCGCAGCCACCACAACUCAGAAUGCCACCAAGCAGGCUCUGCUUUAUUUUCAGUGGGGGGUCUGCUACCUGGAACCCCAGUGAGAUGCAAAGUGACCAACAGCCGUAACUUUUAUUUCUCAGAGGGGGACUUGUGUGUGUCUGAGACUCUGUGCUGGAGGCAGGACACACUCUAUGAGCUGGACUUGCUCUGUGAUGUACUUACUAGAAAUGGAUUGAGCACUACAGUCAAGCCAAUCACCAUCCACUGGCGUGUAGGGCAGGGGCCCUUUAGACAGGCCCACUUGGGGAAAUUGUUAGAAAAAGCAGCUCAGUCUGAUUCAGGGAUUGUGAGCAGGAGGAGGAGAAGCAUUAAUAGCAGCCCCCAGUUUCAGCCUCCAAUGUACCAAGUGGCUGUGGCAGAAAAUAAGCAAGCUGGGACUCCCGUUGGUUUGAAAGCAGUGGAUGUGGAUGAGGGUGAGGCAGGUCGACUAGAGUACUUUAUUGAGGCGCUCUUUGAUAGUCGCUCCAACAACCUCUUUGCUGUGGAUCCUGCCAACGGAGCGGUGUCCACAGUGGAGGUGCUGGACCGGGAGACUAAAGACACCCAUGUGUUUAGAGUGACCGCAGUUGACCACGGCUCGCCCCGCCGUACAGCUAUGGCCACCCUCACUAUCACAGUCAGUGACACGAAUGAUCAUAACCCAGUGUUGAGCAGCAGGACUAUAGGAAACAUCAGGGAGAAUCUAGAAAUAGGUUAUGAGGUGCUGACCGUGAGGGCCACAGAUGGGGAUGCACCUGUUAAUGGUAACAUCCUCUAUCGUAUUAUCAAUAGUAACGGGUCGAAUGAUGUGUUUGAAAUUGAUUCCAGGUCUGGUGUGAUUCGCACCAAAGGUCUGGUAGACAGAGAGGAGGUUGAAGCAUAUAUGCUGUUAGUUGAGGCAAAUGACCAAGGUCGUGACCCCGGGCCCCGCAGCGCCACAGCUACUGUUCACAUCGUGGUUGAGGAUGACAAUGAUAACGCCCCCCAGUUCAGUGAGAAACGCUAUGUGGUCCAGGUGCCAGAGGACAUGACCCCUAACACAGAGAUCCUGCAGGUCACUGCUACUGAUGAGGACAGAGGGAGCAACGCUAUUGUCCACUUCAGCAUCAUGAGUGGGAACACCAGGGGACAGUUCUAUAUCGAUGCUCAGACAGGUAAAAUGGACCUCGUGAGUCUGGAUUAUGAGGCCAACAAAGAAUACAUAAGAAUCAGGGCUCAGGAUGGAGGACGUCCUCCGCUGUCCAACAUCAGUGGCCUGGUCACUGUGCAAGUGUUGGACGUUAAUGACAAUGCCCCCAUUUUUGUAAACCCAUUCCAGGCCACCGUGCUGGAGAACGUACCGCUGGGCUACUCCAUCAUUCACAUCCAAGCAGUGGAUGCAGACUCUGGUGACAACUCCAGGCUGGAGUACCGUCUCACUGACACGACACCAAACUUCCCCUUCAGCAACAACAGCACAGGGUGGAUCGUAGUGGCAGCCGAACUGGACAGGGAGAGCGUAGAUUUUUACAACUUUGGAGUGGAGGCCCGGGAUCAUGGAUAUCCCAUCAUGUCCUCCUCAGCCAGCAUCAGUAUGACUAUUCUUGACGUCAACGACAACAACCCAGAGUUCACUCAAAAAGCGUACUACAUGCGAUUGAAUGAGGACGCAGCUGUUGGGACCAGCGUGGUGACAGUGUCAGCUGUGGACCAGGACAUUAACAGUGUAGUGACGUAUCAGAUAUCCAGCGGAAACACCCGCAACAGGUUCUCCAUCACGAGUCAGAGUGGAGGGGGGUUGAUUACACUGGCUCUUCCUUUAGACUACAAACUAGAACGCCAAUACGUCCUCACUGUCACUGCCAGUGAUGGUACGCUGUUUGACACAACCAAAGUGUUUGUUAACGUCACUGACGCCAACACACACCGGCCUGUGUUUCAGAGCUCACAUUACACAGUCAACAUUAAUGAAGACAGGCCUGUUGGAACAACUGUGGUUGUAAUAAGUGCCACAGAUGAGGAUACAGGUGAGAACGCACGCAUCACCUACUUCAUGGAUGACAGUAUCCCCCAGUUUGACAUUGACUCGGACACAGGCGCAGUCACCACACAGAUGGAGCUGGAUUAUGAAGAUCAGGUUUCCUAUACUCUAGCUAUCACGGCCCGAGAUAACGGUAUCCCACAAAAGUCUGACACCACCUACCUGGAAAUAUUGGUAAGUGAUGUCAACGACAACUCCCCCCGCUUCCUCAGAGACCACUAUGUGGGCUCUGUGAUGGAGGAUGUCCCUGUGUUCACCAGCGUUGUCCAAGUUUCGGCCACAGACAGAGACUCAGGGCUUAACGGCCGGGUCUUCUACACCUUCCAGGGCGGGGAGGAUGGUGAUGGAGAUUUCAUAAUUGAAUCCACCUCAGGCAUUGUUCGCACAUUGCGCAGAUUAGACAGGGAAAAUGUGCCUGUUUACAGUCUGCAGGCUUUUGCUGUGGAUAAAGGAGUUCCUGCUCUGAAAACCCCUGUGAACAUCCAGGUCACAAUCCUAGAUGUGAAUGACAACCCCCCUGUGUUUGAGAAAGAUGAGUUUGAUAUUAUGGUGGAGGAAAACAGCCCCAUAGGCGUUGUGGUUGCUCAUAUAUCAGCCACAGAUCCAGAUGAAGGUAGUAAUGCACAGAUUAUGUACCAAAUAGUUGAGGGUAACAUACCUGAGGUGUUCCAACUGGACAUUUUCUCUGGAGAACUGACUGCAUUAAUAGACCUGGACUAUGAAAGCAGGUCUGAGUAUGUGAUUGUGGUCCAGGCCACCUCUGCCCCACUCGUCAGCCGCGCCACCAUCCACAUCAAACUUGUCGACAAGAACGACAACAUCCCUGUGCUCAAAAACUUCCAGAUCAUCUUCAACAACUAUGUUACGGAGAAAUCGAGCAGCUUCCCCACUGGAGUGAUCGGACGCAUCCCUGCACAUGACCCUGACAUCACGGACCAGCUCCACUACAGCUUUGAGGUGGGAAAUGAGCUGAAUCUAGUCGUCCUGAACCAAAGCACAGGAGAGAUCCAGCUGAGCCAGGCCCUGGAUAACAACCGGCCCCUGGAGGCCUCCAUGAGGAUCUCAGUGUCAGAUGGUGUCCACUCAGUGUCGGCUCAGUGUCUUCUCCAAGUCACCAUUAUCACUGAUGAGAUGCUGUCCAACAGUAUCACACUGAGGUUAGCCAACACCUCCCAGGAGCAUUUCCUCUCCCUGCUGCUCGCUCAGUUUCUGGACGGAGUGGCCCGUGUUUUAUCCGCCGCCCCCGAGGAUGUCGUCAUCUUCAACAUCCAAGACGACACGGAUGUCAGCGCUCGCAUCCUCAAUGUCAGCCUGUCCGUAGCCGUACCCAUGUUGGGAGAAGCACAUCAGAGGGUUGGAGGUUCUGACCACAGCGGGGACCGGCCUGGGAGAGGACUUGAGAGUGGAGGGGGAGAGUACUUUGGCUCGGAGGAACUCCAGGAGCGGCUGUACUUAAACCGCAGCCUCCUCGCUAAGAUUUCCUCACAGGAAGUUCUUCCCUUUGAUGAUAACAUCUGCCUACGUGAGCCAUGUGAAAACUACAUGAAAUGUGUGUCUGUGCUGAAGUUUGACAGCCUGGCACCAUUUGUCGCAUCAGAUACCAUCCUGUUCAGACCUAUCCAUCCCAUCGCUGGACUGCGCUGUCGUUGUCCAACUGGCUUCACGGGAGACUACUGCGAGACGGAGAUCGACCUUUGCUACUCCAAACCCUGUGGAGCCCAUGGAGUGUGUCGCAGCAGAGAGGGAGGCUACACCUGUGAGUGCUUUGAGGACUACACAGGAGAGCGCUGCGAGCUGUCGUCCCGCUCUGGCCGCUGCGCUCCGGGAGUCUGCAAGAACGGUGGCUCCUGUGUCAACUUACUGGUGGGUGGAUUUAAGUGCGAGUGUCCACCGGGCGGCUAUGAGAAACCCUACUGCGAGAUGACCACACGCAACUUCCCCCCGCACUCCUUCCUGACCUUCAAGGGCCUACGCCAGCGCUUCCACUUCACCCUCUCUCUCACGUUUGCAACCAAAGAGCCACAUGGUUUGCUUCUCUACAACGGCCGCUUCAAUGAGAAACAUGAUUUCAUUGCCAUGGAAAUCAUCAAUGAGCAGAUACAGCUCACCUUCUCUGCAGGUGAGACCAAAACUACAGUUUCACCAUUCAUCCUCGGGGGAGUCAGUGACGGACAGUGGCAUGUGGUUGAGGUCCACUACUACAACAAGCCGAUCCUGAACCAGGCCGGUCUGCCUCAGGGACCCUCGGACCAGAAGGUUGUUGUAGUGACAGUGGACAACUGUGACACCUCUGUGGCCCUGAGGUUUGGUCACAUGAUCGGAAACUACACCUGCUCUGCUCAGAGCAGCCAAUCAGGAUCAAAGAAAUCACUGGACCUGACAGGCCCGCUGCUCCUCGGAGGCGUCCCAAAACUCCCAGAGGACUUCCCUGUCCGCAACCGGCAGUUCGUGGGCUGCAUGAAGAAUCUGCGAAUCGACAACCAGCACGUAGACAUGGCCAGCUUCAUCGCUAACAACGGCACUCUGCCAGGUUGUUCUGCCAAAAGACAUUUCUGCAACAACAACCCAUGUCUGAAUGGAGGAACCUGUGUGAACCUGUGGGGCUCCUUCAGCUGCGACUGUCCUCUUGGAUUUGGAGGGAGAAACUGUGAAAGAGUGAUGGCCAGUCCGCAGCGUUUCCUGGGUAACAGUCUGCUGCAGUGGAACAACCUGGCGGCAGCCUCCGUCCCCUGGCACGUAGAGCUCAUGUUCCGCACACGUCAGGCAAACGCGACACUGCUGCACAUCUCGUCCGGCCUGCAGCACAACCUCACACUACAGCUGCGUGAUGGGAGUGUGCUGAUGGGGCUGCACAAAGGAGAGAACUCCACUCUCUCCCGCGUGGAGGAGGUGCUGGUGAACGAUGGAGAGUGGCAUCAGUUGCAGUUGGAUAUCAGCAGUCUCGGGGGUGUUGCAAGUAACCACAAAGCAGUGUUGUCCUUAGAUCAGGGACUCUACCUGGCCAGUAUGGAGGUGGACGGGAAGCUGCGAGACUCCAAGCUGAAGACUGUGAGCGUUGGUGGUUUAGCAAAGCCUGAUGGGAAAAUUCAGCAUGGCUUCCGUGGCUGCAUACAAGGUCUACGUGUGGGCGGGGCUCUAAGUCUGUCUCACGCCAGGAAGGUGAACGUUGAGCCGGGCUGCAAUGUGCCUGACCCCUGCAGCUCCAGCCCCUGUCCUGUCAACAGCUACUGCAGUGACGACUGGGACAGCCACUCCUGCACAUGCCUUGCUGGAUACUAUGGCACAAACUGCACUGAUGCCUGCUCAGUGAACCCCUGUGAACAUGAGUCAACGUGCACCAGGAAGCUGAGCUCCCAUCGUGGUUACACCUGUGAUUGCCCCAGCAACUACUUUGGCCAUUACUGCGAGAAAAAGACUGACCUGCCAUGUCCAAGAGGCUGGUGGGGUCACAAAACUUGCGGCCCCUGUAACUGUCAGACACACAAAGGCUUUGACUCUGACUGCAACAAGACGAGCGGAGAGUGUCGCUGCAAGGACAACCAUUACCGUCCUGAAGGCAGCGACACCUGUCUGCUGUGCGACUGCUACCCGGUCGGCUCUUUCUCCAGAGCGUGUGACCGGGAGAGCGGACAGUGUCAGUGCAAACCAGGUGUCAUCGGACGCCAGUGUGACCGCUGUGACAACCCCUUUGCUGAGGUUUCUCCUAACGGCUGUGAAGUAAUCUAUGACAGCUGCCCUCAGGCCAUUGAGGCCGGGAUCUGGUGGCCCAGGACUAAGUUUGGUCUCCCUGCAGCAGUUCCCUGUCCCAAAGGAACACUCGGCACAGCGAUCCGACACUGUGAUGAGCACAAGGGCUGGCUCCCUCCCAAUCUCUUCAACUGUACCUCUGUCACCUUCAGCAAGUUGAAACCUCUGUCUGAAAAGUUUUCCCGUAACAUGACGCUCCUGGACUCCGGACAUGUUCAGCAGACAGCGGCCAUGUUGGCCAACGCCACCCUGCACACAGAGAGAUACUUUGGCAGCGAUGUGAAGAUAGCAUACCGACUGAUGCAGAGUCUGCUGCAGCACGAGAGCAGCCAGCAGGGCUUCAACCUCACAGCUACACAGGACGUCCACUUCACGGAGAAUCUGGUCCGUGUGGGCAGCUCCAUCCUGUCUCCAGACACGCAGCCACACUGGGAGCUUAUCCAGCACUCAGAGGGCGGCACGGCGGCGCUACUUCGACACUACGAGGAAUACGCCAACACGCUGGCACAGAACAUGAGGAAGACCUACCUCAGCCCCUUCACCAUCGUCACUCCACAUAUAGUCAUCUCUGUGGAUCGUCUGAAAAAGAUGAAUUUUGCCGGGGCCAAGCUCCCUCGAUACCAGUCCCUGAGGGGUCCUCGUCCUGCUGAUCUGGAGACGGCCGUUACGCUGCCAGAUUCAGUCUUCCAACCACCUGUGGACACAAAGGGCCACAGGCACCUGGACGUCUUCCCAGAGUCAUCACAGAGGAAUCGCUCGGCCAACAGGAAGAGACGCCACCCUGAGGACGGCCAGCAGGACGCCAUCGCCAGUGUGAUCAUCUUCCACAGUCUGGCCUCACUGCUGCCAGAGAGCUACGACCCUGACAAGAGGAGUCUGCGCGUGCCAAAGCGUCCCGUCAUCAACACUCCUGUGGUCAGCAUCACAGUCCACGACAACGACGAGCUGCUGCAGCACCCGUUGGACAAACCCAUCACUGUGCAGUUCCGCCUGGUCUCCACUGAGGAGCGCUCCAAACCUAUCUGUGUUUUCUGGAACCACACCAUACUUGGUGGGAACGGCGGCUGGUCCGCUAAAGGCUGUGAAGUGGUUUUCAGAAACAACACCCACAUCAGCUGUCAGUGUUAUCACAUGACCAGCUUCGCCGUGCUCAUGGACGUCUCCAGGAGAGAGAACGGAGAGAUUCUGCCCAUCAAAAUUGUGACAUGGAGCACAGUUGGAGUGACACUGAGCUUCCUCUUCCUCACCACCAUCUUCCUCCUCUGCCUGAGAGCCAUGCAGAGCAACAAGACGAGUAUUAUCAACAACGGAGCCACUGCUCUCUUCCUCUCUGAGCUCAUCUUCAUCCUGGGCAUCAACCAGGCUGACAACCCGUUUUUGUGCACCGUCAUCGCCAUCCUGCUGCACUUCUUCUAUCUCUGCACUUUCUCCUGGCUCUUCCUGGAGGGGCUGCACGUCUACCGGAUGAUCAGCGAAGUGAGGGACAUCAACUAUGGACCCAUGAGAUUCUACUACCUGAUUGGCUGGGGAGUUCCUGCCUUCAUUACAGGUCUGGCUGUGGGAUUGGACCCUGAAGGUUACGGAAACCCUGACUUCUGCUGGCUCUCCAUAUACGACACUCUCAUAUGGAGUUUUGCUGGACCCAUCGCCAUGGUGGCCUCAAUGAACAUCUUCCUGUACAUCCUGUCGUCCAGAGCGUCCUGCUCAACGAGACACCACAGCAUGGAGAAGAAGCAGCCUCGAGUUUCUGGCCUGAAGACAGCUGGUGGCGUUCUCCUCCUGGUUUCUGUUACUUGUUUUCUGGCGUUGCUCUCGGUCAACAGCGACAUGAUCAUCUUCCACUACCUGUUCGCUGGGUUCAACUGUGUGCAGGGUCCCUUCAUUUUCUUCUUCCGCAUAGUCUUCAACAAGGAAGCGAGGACUGCCAUGAAGUACUGCUGCAGCCGCAAGCGCCCCGAUCAUAUGAUCAAAUCAAAGGCAUCUGGGUACAAAUGCAACUCAAACUACAUGGACGGCCGGCUCUACCAUCUUCCGUUUGGUGACUCAAGUGUUUCUCUGAACGGGACGGUGCAGAGUGGAAAAAGCCAGCAGAGCUAUGUGCCAUUUGUCCUCAGGGACGAUGGGUUAAGUAACAGUCAGGCUCACAUCGCUCUGAAUGACCACGCAUCACUCUUCCAUGAAACUAAAGAGCACCUGGAUGAUCGUGACAGUGACUCGGACAGCGACUUGUCUCUAGAGGAUGACCAGAGUGGCUCCUAUGCCUCCACACACUCCUCUGACAGUGAGGAUGAGGGUCCACUCCCCCCUGAGGAAUGCUGGGAAAACCUGGCAUCUAAUGGAGUCAAGAGACCACCACCACAUGACAAUGGUUUGAAUAAGAUGUACUGGCCUGCUGGAUACACAGCAACAGGGAGCGACAGCGAGCUCACAGGUGUUGACAGACAGAAGCUGGACUCGCUAAUCAAUCAGGAGCAGAGUCUUAGUCGGGAUCCCCGAAUGUUACCAGAAGGCCGGACACAGGACGGCAUGACACUGCUGCUGCCCAGUCUGCCAAACUUACAUGCACACCCUCACAAAGGGAUCCUGAAGAAGAAGCAGCUUUCUCCUAUAGUGGAGAGAAACGGUCCAAAUCGCCACAACAAUGAACUCUGUGAAAACACUCCGGGCACGGCGUCGCCGCAGGGAUCGACCUCCAGUGACAGAAGAGCCGGCCCGGCUAAACCUGGUCUCCCUGACCAGCUGAACGGUGUCGCCAUGAGUAUCAAAGCGGGGACUGUGGACGGGGACUCAUCAGGAUCAGACAGCCACUGCAACACCACCAUGUGACCGCGCUGACGGAGGGGUGUGUCUUUGCAGGUCAUAGAUCCUCCUUCCUCAACAACGACUGAAAAACGGAAGCAGCGGACUUCCCCAUAAAGACAAAUGUGUAAAAAAAAGAAGGAAUUCCCUCUUGUCAUCAUGUAUGUAUGUGUGUGUGUGUGUGUGUGUGUGUGUGUGUGUGUGUGUGUGUGUGUGUGUGUGUGUGUGUGAGUUCAUACAUGUGUGCCAAACCUCAGGAGUCCCAGCACUGGUCCAGGCUCACGCACACACUGACAAAAUGAGUGUCACUCCCUUUAAACAAAUCCUUUUGUUUACAUACUUGAAGCAAUGCACUUUUUGAAUUCACAGCGCAGUUUGAUUCUUUUUUUUUUUUUUGUAAGUGUUUAAGGACGUAUAUUUUGUUUUUGAAGACUGUGGAACAUUAAAGUGGUCAUGUUUUGUUUGAUUUUGGGAGGGUUGUUUAGUUGUAGACUUGCAAACAUUCAGGGAAAUUCCAUUUUCAAGCAUAACUUCUUUGUGAUGUCUUCCUGGUUUUUGCCUGUUUCUGUUCCUGUCACAGCUCUUUGUCUUUCAGUGCCAGUCUGAAAAGUUUGGCUUUUUAUUGAGUUACUUUGAACGCCUCAUACGUCCGAGAGGCACAAAGCGGUCGAGUGCAGAGACAUUCAGUGGAUUUCAGAACUUGAAAACAAGGACUAAAAGAAUCUGUGUAUCGCCUGUUAAUGUAAGCUCUGAAUAAGCUAUCUCUCAAUGAUGAAGGAUGUUUGGAGCCCACGGACUGCACCACUCAGCCUAUCAGGAGGGAAAACCUGCGUGUGCGGAUCCACAAAGGACUCAAAGGACUUUUGAUACAUCUUUUGUAAAUCACUGAGGGCACAUUUUUUAUGGACAUUUAAAGUUGCUCUCGUUUUGGAUUUGAACACAUCCGUUUAAGUCCCAUGACUAAACAGCUGUAUUUUAUAGAUUAGCUACGCAGCUUUUUGUCAUUUGUAAAAUAAAAACAUGCUGAAUUGUGCUGUAAUACUAUUUGAGCUGUAAUCCAUUUUUACUGUACAGAGUGGUCUGUAAAUGAAUCAAGGACAUAUCUUUAAAUGUAAGUAAAUAUGUAAACUGUUUUUAUCAAAUACCUUUUAUCUGAGUUAAUACCUUACAGUCACAUUGAUGUGACAUCUGUGGAUGCCAUUUCAUCAACCAUAUGACUUUGUUGUAUAAAUUUCAUGCCAUAUGAGUCAACGCUACCAGAGUAAUCAUAUCAGUCUGGUAUCUCAACAGAGAGUUGUUUGUUUGCCUCUGUCACUCCUGUUUUUACCAAUUAAACUGUUUUCUAUAAUUUCAA